AAAACAUUCAUUCAUUUAUUCAAUAAAAAUUUUUUAAACACAUGGACCAGAAAACGACUUCGUUUAUAGAUUUCUCAGGCAAAGCAAUAAACAUUCCACAAAAUGGGUUCCUUGGCGCGUGCAUCGAUGUUAACGAUUACGAAAAGAUCAACCGGAUCGGCGAAGGAACCUACGGAAUAGUAUACCGUGGACGACACAAAAAAAGUCAAAAAAUAGUUGCGCUGAAGCGCAUGCGAGUGAGCAUUAGCGACAAUACACCUGGUUUGCCGCUCUCCAGCUUCCGGGAAAUUGCAAUCCUCAAGCGCCUGCACCAUCCAAACAUUGUUAAUGUAGUGGACAUUGCAGCUGGCCACGGAAUCGACAGCAUUUUCAUGGUGAUGGACUACUGCGAAUGCGAUCUAGGAACAUUGUUGGACAACAUGUCGGCACCGUUUUCGCACGGCGAGGUGAAAAGCUUGGUGCAGCAGAUGCUGUGCGGAAUGGAGUAUUGUCACAACCAUUUUGUUGUGCAUAGAGAUCUGAAGCUGCCCAAUCUGCUUUUGACAAAAAACGGCGAGCUCAAGGUUGCUGAUUUCGGACUUGCUCGACUGUUCCACGAGCCUCAGCGGCCGAUGACACCACAGGUGGCAACUCUAUGGUAUCGAUCGCCAGAGCUCAUUCUUGGAGCAACCGAGUACACGACAGCAAUAGAUAUGUGGUCGGCCGGGUGCAUUUUGGGCGAGCUUUUGGUCCAUCGUCCGUUUAUGCCAGGCAAGAGCGAGUUUGAGCAGAUGCGCCUGAUUGUCAACAUGAUUGGGGCGCCGAGCGACAGGAUAUGGCCGGGAUUCAGCCAGCUGCCGAUGGCGCGGUCCAUGCGGCUCCCCGAAAACAAGUAUAACAAUUUGAAGGUUGCUGUGCGCAAUGCCAGCACCAACACCAUCCUGUUGCUGAACGCGCUGCUCACGUACGAUCCCCGCAAGCGCAUUGGAGUGCAAAAGGCGCUGGAUCACCCGUAUUUCUACGAAAUGCCAGCAGCUGUCAGGCCCGUAAUUCAGUAGCAGUCGAGUCAGGUGAGGAGCCGCCAUUUUGCGGACGUCGAUUUCGCCGCAGAUAGUAGCAAUCCAACCAUGUGAUUGGAAUUGUAAAGAGAAUACACACUUAAGCAUUCUGAUUGUGUUUUUCCGUUCACACGGCCACGCCGCGUCACUCGCUCCAGAUGCUCUGGCGGCGUUUCUCUUUCCU